AUGGAAGGAGCAUUGCAAAGUGUGAAGGCCUUCUUGACUGCAUUGGCAUCACAAUUAAGCAGUUUGAUUAAAGACCAAAUAGAUUCCAUUACUGUCGAGAUAAACCAUGUUAGGACAAGUAUGAACGAGGCGCUGCUUUCAUGGGAAAGGAUUUCUCAAAAGUUUGAAGAUAAGUUGUCAAAGAUUACAGCAGAUGUUCAGCUUGGAAGAGAGACGAACGUGGAGAACAUGUCUGAAUCCGUAGAAGAAUCAGAGAUCGAUGAUCUCAACAGUGCCAUGGGAUCUUCAUCCAAGUGCAUGAACAUGAAUUUCCAGAUUCCAAGUUCCAAGACAUAUCUAAAUAAACGAAGAGCUUAUGAUUGA